CAGCAAAAUUCCACACGCGUCACUCUCUAAAUUUCCUCAAUGCUAACUGGCUCUUCAUUUUCACUUUUCCUUUUUCUCUUAUUUGCCACUUUUCUUUCUAUUUUAUCAACAAUAGAGGCAAGAGAGUACAUAAGAGAGUCGGAGUCUACAUAAAAACAAAAUUGCUAGCGUCUAUGCGAAGUUUCAACACUCUUUGAGAAGUUUCACAAAUAAAAACCCCAACCUUCACUUUUUUGUUAGCAAAUAAGAAACCACUUCUUCUUUUGUGUAGUUUGCCGGUAAGACAUGGAGCGCUACGAGAUUAUCAAAGAUAUUGGUACUGGGAACUUUGCUGUCGCCAAGUUGUUGAGAGACAAAUUUACUAAUGAGUUUUUUGCUGUUAAGUUCAUUGAAAGAGGCUACAAGAUUGAUGAGCAUGUCCAGAGGGAGAUCAUGAAUCACAGGUCCCUAAAGCAUCCCAAUAUUGUUAGAUUCAAAGAGGUCCUUUUGACUCCAACACAUCUAGCUAUAGUAAUGGAGUAUGCUGCUGGAGGAGAACUCUUCGAGAGGAUAUGCAAUUUCGGUAAAUUUUGCGAGGAUGAGGCGAGAUUUUUCUUUCAGCAAUUGAUAUCAGGAGUUAGUUAUUGUCAUUCGAUGCAAAUCUGUCAUAGAGAUCUGAAACUCGAAAACACACUUCUAGACGGAAGCACUGCACCGCGAGUCAAAAUUUGUGACUUUGGUUAUUCAAAGUCAUCCGUAUUGCAUUCACAACCGAAGUCUACAGUAGGAACUCCAGCUUACAUCGCACCUGAGGUCCUGACAAGGAAAGAAUAUGAUGGAAAGAUUGCAGAUGUUUGGUCUUGUGGAGUCACCUUAUAUGUGAUGUUAUUUGGAACUUAUCCUUUUGAAGAUCCUGCGGAUCCUAGAAAUUUCAAGAAAACUAUUGGGAGGAUAGUCGGUGUCCAGUAUACAAUCCCUGAUUGUGAAUUAGUUUCCUUGGAAUGUAGAGAUCUUCUAUCAAAAAUCUUUGUGGCGAAUCCUGAACAGAGAAUAACAAUAUCGGAAAUAAAAAACCAUCCAUGGUUUUUAAUGAACUUGCCAUUAGAGCUAAUGGAAGGUGGAAGCUGUCUAAGCAGCGAUGUGAAUGUUCCAUCGCAGAGUGUCGAGGAAGUACUUUCCAUUCUACAAGAGGCAAGAAAGCCUCCUAAUGUUCCCAUGGUUGGUGACAGCCAUGUCACUGAAGGCAGCAUGGACCUCGACGAUCUAUUGGAUGCAGACGCAGAUGCAGAUCUUGAUGAUUUAGAAACAAGCGGUGAAUUUGUGUGCCCUCCUCUUUGAGUGUAUAUAUAGAUGAGGAAGCUAUGAGUUUUUGUUUUGCUCUGAAUAGUGUGUCCUCUUUCUCGCUUGGUGUGUUGAAUUUCCUUGCUGGUUAAGUUUCUUAAGUUAAGAUGAGUUGCUCCAUUUGUAUGUAUGGUUCUUAGUUAUGACUUUCAAAAGGGUUUUCAACUUUUCAUUCGCAAGUAGUGUUAACAUGGUCAAGUUUUAGGAACUUCCACAUCUAAGUACUGUUUUCCAUGAAAUGUAAAUCACAUGAACUUUAUAUAUAAAGCAGGAGAAUAUUAUGAUGUAGAA